AUGUUUCUUGACUGGGUUCAAGCCAUGGAAGAUUAUUUCGCCUGGUACAACUUGACAGAUGCUCAUAAACUUCGCAUUGGUAAGAUGACGCUACAGGGAGCCGCUAGACAAUAUUGGAAUUCGGUGGAGGAGCAACUAUAUCAAUUUGGACAGCCGCCUGUGACUCUAUGGGACGAGAUGAAAUUAAAGCUUUGUGAACAAUAUCUUCCCACCUUUUAUUGCCAUCAAUUAUAUGAUCAAUUAUGGACCCUUUCACAAGGAAGUUCGACUGUUACUGAAUUCCACACUCGUUUCAUUGAACACAAGAUACGUGCAGGGAUUCGUGAAGAACCCGACAUCACUAUGUCUCGCUUUAUCCAUGGUCUUUGUGACGAUAUCAAGUGUGAAGUGUGUCGAUUCCGUCCGCAUAUCUUGGAAGAUGCAUAUUGCCAUGCACUGGAAGCUGAAACUUUUUUGGGCCUACAACGUAGAUAUACUGGGUAUUCCGGGCUCUCUUCCACUCCUACUCCAAAUCGUAGUACUCCUAGCUCCACAUAUGGCGUUGCCGGUCCACCUGCUCCUAUGGUACCCACAACAGAAAAAGGACCAGCCCCAUACACAGCUGCUCACAUCGAAUGCUAUCGUUGCCAUGCUAAGGGCCACAUCGCCUCCCGUUGUCCACACCGAACUUUAACCAUUAACUCCCUCAAUGAGGACUCUUGUGCGGACAUGUAUGUGGAGCCCCUUGAACCUAUUUAUGAUCCAGCACUUGAUAAUUGCUGUGAGGAGGCGUUUCACCAAGUGAGUGUCAUGCGUUGUAUUUAUUCAGCAUCUACACCUCCACCUCUUGAUUCAUGGAAACGCACAAGUAUUUUUCAAACCUAUGUCCCUUGCGGUACCAAUAGAUACCAACUAGUUAUUGAUGGGGGAAGUACACUGAAUGUUAUCUCUAAAGCUGCUGUCGACCGCCUUCACCUUCAGGCCGAGCCCCAUCCCCAUCCUUUUCAUGUUGGCUGGGUAGAUAACACCAAGUUACCUGUUAUUGAAAGAUGUCUUGUUCCUCUUCAAUUGGGUCCCUGUCAUGAGCGACUUUAUUGUGAUAUCCUACCCAUGAGUGUCGCACAUGUGCUACUAGGCCGACCAUGGCAUUACGACCACUGUGUGAGAAGUUGCGGUAGAGAGAACACAUAUACUUUUCAACAUGAGGGAAAGAACAUAACGCUAACACCUUCCAAUCCUGCCGUCAAACCAACUAAGGAUGUUCAACCAACUCUGUUACUUAGAGAGAAGGCUUCGGAGCAUCGAUUGAGUAGUUUAUCAUCUGUAGACUUUGUACACGACCUGCAAGACACUGGUGUGUCCUUUGCUCUAUUGCUUAAAUCAGAAUCUGAUAGCAACCCCACACCACUUGCCGAACCCAUACAUCAGUUCCUCCAUGAAUUCUCUAAUAUCAUACCUAAUGACUUACCAGAUGAACUACCUCCAACGAGAGAGAUUCGGCUUGCCAUUGACCUUAUUCCUGGUUCGCAAAUUCCUGAUCUUCCCUAUUAUCGUAUCAAUCCUUUUGCCAGAGCGGAAUUGAAUCGACUAAUUCGGGUGUUUCUGGAUAAUUGCUUUAUUCGUCAUAGUUUAAACCCUUGUGUUGUUCUAGUUCUCCUUACCCCCAAAAAGGAUGGUUCCUAG